AUGGUCACAACAGUCUUCGCAGACUCAUCGCGUUUUGUACCGCAAGGACUCGACCCCGCUACAAACAAGGAGCUGUCGGAAAUAUGGACUCGUGUUCAGAGUCGAGUGUUGGCGCUAGCCGAUGGGGACCAGCGCAAGAUCAGGCCGCUCGGUGUGAACGAUGUGCUGUCGCAGCUUGACGCGGCGCAGAAGAAAGACAACGUGUCUUCUUGGAAGCUCCAGGCCAUUAAAGACUCAUUCAACAAAACUUUACUGUUCAUCCAGACGGUGGGCACAUGGCAGGGUUAUCAAGGCAUUUUCGAAGAAAUAGCCGGGCUGCUGGAGAAAUGUACCGAAUAUCUAGGCCGCUUAGAGUACCACGUCCACGGCGGUAUGGACACGAAAUUGAGUAAAGUCGCGUGUCAGCACUUGCUCCUCUUCGUGGAAAUUUGCGAUCGAACUGUUAAACUCCGCUCAAAGAGAAGAAAGCUGCUUGCGGGGGCCAAAAUAUUGUUCCUGCAGGAUAAUGGGGUCAAUGAUUUGCUAACCAGAAUGGAGAGUCUCGUAGAUAAAGAGAAUCGCCUGGUGGUUGCGCAGACAUUUGCGCUUGCCUCAGACGCUGCAACCAACUCAAAGGCGAAUCUCUCUCUCAUGCAAGGCCUUGUGGAUUCGUUUGCAGACGACAGAGCUGAGCAGAAGAAGGAAAAGGAUAAACAAUACAGGGAGCAGGUCGUCCUGAAGGCACUGGCGUUUGAUGAGACCAAGAUGAAUCAAGAAAGCGGGGCGCCAGAAGCUUUCUGGCAGACGAUCUAUCGCAACUAUCUUAGGCAACGUGUAAGGGGCACCGGUGAAUGGAUUUUUAACGAACACAAAUAUGUUGCAUGGGAGAAAGGACAGUCCGGUCGACCUAUCCUGGCUAUUGCGGGUGGUGAAGGAACUGGAAAGAGUUUCCUCACGUCCACUAUCAUCAAGCGUCUCAAUCAGAGGAAGACUACAGAGAGCUCCGACCGUAGGAUCUCAACCGGCUAUUAUUUUCUGGAAGGCAAUUCUCGGGAUGAGCUAAAAGAUGUCACCAACCUCGAGACGGUCGCAAAGUCACUCGUUUGGCAGUUCAGUCAGUCUGAGAGGAUCUAUCUCAAGUCCGUCGCCCAAAUCUGUGAACGCUAUGGAGAGAUCGACCCGGCAGACAUUUCAAAGCACCUGAUCUUCGGUAAUAGGGAUCUGGCCAACAUGGACAUCACAUUUUAUAUUGUCAUUGAUGGGCUAGGUGACACAGUUGGAGAGGGCAUGGCCAGGUUUUUACAGAGAGCUUCCAUACCCAUGCCCGGUCGCGACAUCCGCGUUCUUGUAACCGGUGACCCCAGAUGCUUUGAACAGUUAAGCCAAACUGGGAAUGUUUCCUUUGAUUACAUAUCUAUCAGUACUGAAAAUCGAUCGGAUGUUGAGAAGUUUAUAGAGAACCGGAUGGAUAAGAUGCCAGCAUUGACCGAUCGCGCCCGCUUGGGAAUAUCGGAGCUGAGAGACAAUAUUCGAGACAGACUGUGUGCACAAACUAAGGGCGACUACUUCAAGAUAGAUAGGACCCUCGACCAUAUCAGCUCCCUGGAAUAUAAAACAGACAUCAAACAGGCUCUGGACGAUGCAGGCAAGGAACGCUCACAGCAGAUAACUGAGGAAAUCGAAAGAAUGAACGAAAGCCGCUCAGAAAAAGAACUGUUGGAAAUCAAUGAAAUUGUACGCUGGAUCGUUUACGGCAAGGAUCUCCUCACGCCAAAGCAGAUGUCUGCAGCUCUAUAUGUACGAAGUGGAGAGCCGUCAUUGCUGCCUCUUGAGCAAAAGUUCAAGAUCAAAUACUCGCUUUUCGAAGUGGACAGGAAUGGCAAGGUUGAUUUCCGAUCGUCUGAGAUCGAGCGUUACAUUCCGCUGAGAAAAACCACCCAUGAGUUAGAGGAUUCGUAUGGUAAAGAAGCGGCACAAGCCGCAGAAGUUGCCAUGGUCAAGCACUACCUUCUCACGGUGUGUCCUUCGGAGGUUUAUACUAAGUUGAAGUUUGAAGCCUACCUCGCGCAACUGUUAAAGCCCAAGGGUAGCCGUAUCAACAAGGAUGAUCCGCAUACGGACGUCUUGACAGAAGAGACUGAUCGAAAACGAACGCGACUCCUUACUUAUGCACGGAAAUACCUCAUAGAUCAUUUGUCAACUGUUGAUCUAGCUCUGGCAGAUAUUGGUUGCAAGAGUGCAGUGGGUAUACGCUUGGCGAAACUGUUUACCGAGGGCAGUUCAAUCGAUAUCUUACUACAUUGUGCUAAGUCUGUUGAUGAUCCUACUCUUCGAUUCAAGAUUCGACGUUAUUGGCUUUACAGUAAUGACAGUGUUAAUACCAUCCUCAGAUGGUUUGGGGAUUCUGCUGUUACCUCCGAGAUUUCCGACACGGCGACACGGGCUUGGGUCGCGAAUGUCGCGUCUGAGGCAGAGCCGGAUGAGGAUCUAAUGAGACCUGCUGCAAAGAGAAUGGCGGCGCAUUUUCUGCAGGAGGCGCAUUCGGAAUCAUUUACAAAGGACGCGUUUCUCUUCAUUGCUGCCUUCGUAAAUAAGAUUGAGCGUCGCAAGGGUGUUGUAAACCACGAAGUGAAUGACCCUAGCUAUGUUUAUUCGGUUGAAGAAAUAGAGAAUGUUGAAAAUUGGUGUCAAACGGCGCUGGAUGUCAAGAAAAAGAAUUCUUUGUGGCACGUUCAAAUGGGCAACCUGUUGGAGGUGCUUGGGCUCCCCAGGCUCGCUGAGGCUAGAGCUCGACAAGCCUUGAUGCUUGAUCCGCAAGACUGGCGAGCUUCAUAUUUGCUAGCAAAAUUAGUCGGGACUAAGGAGGGAAUCGAGAUUCUAGCUGCGCCUAUUGGGGAACGUCUUGCAUCCGACACCCAGUGGCAACGAGAUCCUGUCCAGCGUAUCGGGUUUGCCAAGCUCCUAUACAUGUUUGGGCUACUUUACUGGGAAGACAGAUGUGCGAGCAAAGCCAUUGCAUACUGCAAAAUGGCAAUGGAACUUGACCCUACGAACUAUGAGCGGGUGACAAUGGUACUGAGUUCUCUCGCUACCGAGGGCCGGUGGGAAGACAUCAUAGUAUCUCUGAAAGCAGUCAAAAAUUCAGCACACGUCUCACAGGGACUACCAGAGAUGAUUUUCCUACAAGCAGCGCUACGGACAAAGCACUUCGAUCUCCUUGAGGAGACAUACGAGCUUGCAAUCAAUCUCCUUCUAGAGCGCCAGGACCGUGCCAUAUUAUGUCAUACCCGAUAUUAUUAUGCCACAGCAAUAUACUCACCACGAGAUCGAGAAUCUAAGGCAAUUGCUGAGUGGGAGAAGGUGUUGGUCGAAGUUCCCCAAUCCCAUUUGUAUACUAUUCUGCCGUUAUUGGUUAGCAAACUCGGCCCCCUCUAUCUCCGUAAGGCACGGACGUCGGGGGACGACAUAAAUGCUGCUUCUUCAUACCUCCAGAAGCUUGAGACCUUAAUUCCUGACGGAGCGCCUGGGGCCGACGCACUCCUCCCGCCGAAGCUUUAUCUUGCGCGGUACUACCAGACACAGGGAGACGUGCUGCGAGCUAAACAAAUCACUCGAGAGAUCGUGAAGCAGGCUCUUGAAAUACUGUCGGACGAUGAUGAAGACAAUGACAAAUACGCCUAUUUUAAUCUGUUGACUGUGUUUCUACCCUUAGAGGAUAACAGGAAUAUGCUAGCAAGCUUAGCCAUGAUGUCACUCAACACUUCCGACACAGAAAUCCUCCACUGUGAUGGAGACUGCGGGAAUUCCUGGUCAUAUUUGGGAGAAAUGCUCUGGUGUAAGGAUUGCAUUGACUUCCAGAUUGACAAGGAAUGCCACCGGAAGCUUUGCGAUGGCAUCCUUCCGUUCACGGUUUGUGAUAGGAGCCAUGACUUUCUCCACAUUCCUGGAAGGGAGUCGAUCGUCCAGGAGAUUCCAGUGGGCUGCGUGCCUUUCGGAGAAGCGGCUAUCCCUUUGGACGAAUGGAUGGAGCUCAUUAGAAGGAAUUAUGUUUACAUUGAGCACUGA